CACUGGGUCCAUGACAUCAAGACAGGAGAUGGUGCAGCAGAGUGGCAUUUAUGGCCCCUGAUUACAGAGAAUAUUCUUCAUCUAUGGCCUCAUUAAGAGGAAAAUUCACGUGCUGAUAUAAUGGGAAGCUGCUGCAGCUGUCGAGAUGGACUCCCAGACAAUCAUCCAACCAAGUUCAAAGUCACCAACGUGGAUGACGAGGGGACAGAGCUGGGCUCUGGAAUUAUGGAGCUAACACAGACUGAGCUGGUUUUACACACCAGGAAACGGGACGCUGUAAGAUGGCCUUACCUCUGUCUCCGGCGCUAUGGAUAUGACUCUAACCUCUUCUCCUUUGAAAGUGGGCGACGUUGUCAAACUGGGCAAGGAAUAUUUGCUUUUAAAUGCUCUCGGGCUGAAGAAAUUUUCAACCUGUUGCAGGAACUAAUGCAGCGUAACAGUAUAAGUGUUGUUGAAGAACCAGUCAUGAUCACAAGGACUGGCCACCCAGCUGAAUUGGAAAUGCCCCGGACCCCACAGACGCCUGGAGUUCUAGGAUACACUGGUUUCCCCAAUGGGUUUCACAAUUUUCCACGUGAUGGACCUUCUUACCCUUCAGCACGUCACCCAUCAAUGGGAAACAUGAGGCACCAGUCUGUUGGGGAGGAUUCUACUCAUGGCUUAACUCCAGAUGAUCAGUCCCAUACCUAUGUGAAUACAGCCAGUGGAGAAGAGGAAAUGGGUGGUCGCCAUUGCAUGCACUCUUUGCCUGAGGCGCAUGCGCCGUACCAUGAUCCGCCAAGGCAUAUGCUUGGCCCUGGCUGUUCCAUGGAAGAGCGGAAUCCACAAGUUUAUCUGCAGCCUGGUGAAGUGAAAUUUGUACUUGGUCCAGCACCAGCCUACCGACGACUGCCUCUGAGGGGAGAUGGCUUUUGCCGGCACCAUAGGGAUUGUCAAGGCCAUAUCUGUGCUGGAGAGAGAGACCACUUGCCUCCUCAUAACAACAAUAAUGAGUGCAAGGAACAGUGGGGUUCGCACAAGUGUGCCUAUGAAAAUAUCAAUGGCUUGGUACCAUCAGGAAGUAUUGCUCUGCGAAGGGGUACUACAAGCAGGAAUCUCAAGUUGUCAUCUGAGGGGCUGCCAUACAGCGGCUGUUCGCAUCGCAGGACGGCAAUGUUACAUUAUGAAAACUUACCCCCCCUACCUCCUGUUUGGGAGUGUCAGUCUUUGCAACAGGAUGAAGAUGAGGAGGAUGAUGAAGAGGAAGAAGAUUCAACUGAUGCCAUGACGCCAUCUCUUAAUGGAUACCAUGAUGACCCUGUGCAGAACUACAUGAAUGCAGAGAGCGUCACUGCUUGUGGUGGACAUCAUCAUCAUCGACCUGACUGCCAACCACGAAGGAGCUGCCCACCCAGUGUGUUCAACUUUGACUUUAGAAGGCCACGCACAGAGCAGAGGCAACUCAACUAUAUCCAGGUGGAGCUGGAGGGGAAGAACGAAGGAAAAGGAAGGCAGAUUCCUCAGAUCACCUGUACACCUGCUCCAAACCAUAUGGCGCGCCGUGCAGACUCAUAUGCUGUCAUUGACCUUAAAAAGACAGCUGCAAUGUCCAGCCUACAGAGAGCUAUGCCCCGAGAUGAUGGUACCUCGAGAAAAACACGACAUAACAGCACGGACCUUCCUCUGUAAGAUCUGCUUGUCCUAACACUAUUUUCUUCUGAUCUUUUCUAAAAGCCAUCACUACAGCUGUUACCUUGGCUUAUAUUUCGUUUCC